AAAUAUCUCCCUAUUAGAUCAGCAAAGUUAAGAAGUUGAAGGCAUAUUCUCGACUUUAAAAAGAAAAAAAAAAUUCAAAAAGAAUAGGGAUUCUUGCAUAGCCGAGAUGCUAUAUGACCCUGGCCUGCAAAGCCAACCUUAAAACGAGAACCUGAAAACACAAGAAAUGAUGAUCAAAUACUACGCUCCCAUCCUCUCACCAAACCAGUGUGGGUCAAGCUUGAUUCAAACCAUAGACACACCACUCCCUCUUGUUUGGUCCAUAAUUCGGCAAUUCGACAACCCACAAGCCUACAAGCAAUUCGUCAAGAGUUGCGAAAUUCUUUCUGGCAACGAGAGGGGAAGCGUACGUGAGUUGAAGAUUAUCUCCGGCUUACCGGCGAAAAGAAGCGCGGAGAGGCUGGACAAUCUGGACGAUGAAUCAUAUGUGAUGAUGGUUAGCAUAAUUGGAGGUGAUCACAAGCUUGAGAAUUACAAGUCUACCAUAAGUUUGCAUGAAAGAGCAGGAGAUGAGGAAAAGGGGAGGAAGACGGCUGUGAUAGAGUCGUAUGUUGUGGAUGUCUCCUCGGAUAGUUGUAAGGAUGAUACUUGUUUGUUUGCUGAUACUAUAAUUGGGUGCAACCUUAGGUCGUUGGCUACAGUCACAGAGAAGAUGGCUAGUGCCUGGUGACUGACAAGUUGUGUGGAUUUUUUUUUUUUAAUUUUCUUUUUUAUUUUUUUAUAAAUUGAGGUUUUUUUUUUUCCUUUGAUUGUAGGAUUUUUUUUCCCGAAUAAAUAACUACUAGAAUUAUAGUAAUUUUUAGGGCUGUGUACGGUUCUUAGGGAACCGGAUCGAAUCGAAAAACUGUACCGAAUCGAUGGAAACCAUACCGAACUAAAUUUAUUUUGAUAUUUUGAUUC